CGUGACCUCUCGAUUAUCGACGACUAAUCGGAUGGUCAGUAAUCGGUUACAAAUAUUUUAAGCAAUGAAAUAAAUCCGAUUUUAAGAUUUUUGAUUGAACACUGUGUAUGUUACAAAUACUACUUAAGAAAGCAAAAAAAUAAUAAUAGCUAGUUUUAUUCGAUAUUUUUUUAGAAGCAAAACUUUUUAAAUCUUGAUCGAUUUAACUAUUAAACUAACAUUGCAAUUGAUUACAGGUCCUUCGAAUUUCCAACGUUUCUUUCAAUUGAUUCUUUUAAAAUUUCUAUAUCGUGAAAAAUGAACAAGUCUAAAAAUAUAGAUAUAGAUUCUAUGGAUCCUGAUGAAAGAAGAAAACUACAAAAAAUGUUAAAGGAGCGAAUGGAGAAAGGUAUAUUACGAUAUAUUAUGUCGAUAUCUUUAAGAUACCCUAAAUGUGAUAUUUAAAUUAAAAUCUGAGUAGAUUUUCUCAUUGUAGUCUUAUAGAGUUGCUUAAAAAUUUGUCAGAAAAGUAAUAAUCUAUUUUUUAUCAUUAAUUUUAAUUUAAGAAAUGAUUUUGAUAUGGUAUUUAUUUCCUGCAGAAUCUGAGGGCAGCUCUAAAGAUCAAAUGAAAUGGAUGUAUAGUGGCGAUAAAGUGGAUGAAGAAGAAUACCUUUUAGGGAAAAAAAUUCCAGACAAACACUUUCUGAAAGAUGAAAAAGAAAAACCUGAAACAGUUCCGGGUAGUAACUUUGAUGAUGUCAUCAAAAGACGAACGGAGUUAGACAUGCAGGCGAAAAUGAAAGAAGAUCCAUUUUUUAUGAUUAAGCAGAAGGAAGAAGAGGCUAAAAAAAGACUAUUACAAAAUCCUAUUAAGUUGAAAGAGCUUCAAAAGAUAGUUCAAAAACCAAAAAAAGAAAAAAAGAAAAAGAAAAAGAAGAAGCGAAGAGACUCUUCCUCCGAUUCUGGUGAUGAAAUAUAUAAAAAGUACUUGGAAUUGGUCAAAAAAAAAGAAGAGAAGGAAAAGGAAAGAAAACGUAAACGAUCAAAAUCGCCUGAAAUUAAACAUAAAAAAAGUCAUAAAACAAAGAAAUUAACUGAAGAGGAAAAGGAGAGGAAGCGGCAGGAUAUGAUGAAAAAUGCAAAAUGGAGAGAAGAAGAAAGAAAUGAGUCAAUAAAAAGACAUAAAGAGCAGGAAAAGAAAGAAGAAGAGAGAUUAAAUGAACGGCGAAAGAAUCUUUACUUAAGUCAUAUGAUGGCUGACCACGCAAACUCAAGUACAGUAGAAGAUAGAUUACGAAGAAACAGACAUAACUUACAAAAGAGGUCUGGCGAUUUUGAUUCCAAAUUUGCAAAGAGAUAAAUUUAGUUUUUAAAUAUUUGUGUAAACUUUUUGAUAUUUACGUUGUUUUGUUUUAUUUUUUAAAUAAAAAGUUGUUUAUUGUAUGGCAAGUCGACAAGUUAAACAUCGUUCAAUCAUUUAAAUAGAGAAAUGGAUGUCCUAGUUUAUAAAUUGCUCUUAAUUCCUACGUUUACCAUGUGAAAAAUGUCUAAAUUAUGAAUUUAAACGUCACGAAAAGUAUCUUCCUUUUAUUAGUUGGACGUCACUUGGAUACAUUGACCAGGAAUACUUUUGUGACGUACAUCUAAAAUCAAUUUCAACGUGGCAAUAUUUGAUCAAAGUUUUUAAAAUUGUUUAUAUUAUCCCUUAUACCAAGGACGAUUACAUAUGUAG